CGUUGUUGUUCAUCCAGUUUUGGCGCGCUUACCUUCGUCCAGUGCGUUGUCCGCACCGUUGAGCUCCUUGUUCUACCUGUGCACAUCUCCUCGGUCAUCGGCGACCUGGCGCGUGGUCGCGUUCAUUGUUUACAUAUUUUUGUUAUGAUAGCCGUAAUUGGAUUACGAGCGUUCGGCGGUUUUCCACCGCAAUCCCUUCGUCGAUGGCCGCGUUCACGGUCGUUCCCGUGAGUUCUCCCGAUAGAGCAAGGUUCUAGCUGAACUCCGCACCUGUCGUCAGUUCUGUUCGGGACGCAGCGUUUGACGGUUCGAAAAUUUGCGUGUUUGUCCAGUACGGCUGGCUCGUAGACCAUGUGGCUUGUGCUGCUGAAGGAUUACAAAACUGGAACAAAUAUGGCUACCAAUUAGUGCUAUUUUUCGCGCGUGUUGCGUAACUUGAAGCGUUCCGCCGACCGAUUCCGGGUGUCUCGGAUGUCUCUCGGACAACUGACCGUAACUUUAACGCGUUGACAAUCGAUACCGUGCUCAAGAACCGCUCAGAAAAAGCUAGAUCAAAUGAUCGGAAGAACAUUGCAGCUCACCUCAAAGUAGUUCGGAAUUAGCCCUGGUGGAUCGAUAUCGCUGCUCGGAGAGCUGGGGUUCUGCUGAAGCUUCUCAGCCAAAGGGUGUACCCUUUUAAUUGAAUAACACCGAGUUGUGCCAAUCCUGACCAAAAUGGACGCUACCGACGGGGCUGGUGAACCGCUGAAGGAACCCGAGGACGGGGAAAAGCCUGUGUCCGAUGAACCGUUCGACCUGGACGAGCUGCUGCCGGCGAUCGGCGAAUUUGGCCGGUACCAGAAGCUGCUGCUGUGGUUGAUCUGUCUGCCGGCGUGCAUCCCGUGCGGGUUUUGCGCCUUCAACCAGCUGUUCAUGACGGACGUCCCGCACGAGUACUGGUGCAGCAUUCCGGAGCUGCAGAACUUUACCGUCGAGGAGCGGAAGCAGUACGGCAUUCCGAUGGAGGAGUACAACGGCAUAGUCGAGUACAGCAAAUGCUCCAGAUACGCCAUAGACUGGCGACAGUAUCUGGCAAACAACGGUGAUCUACCUCCGAGUCCCCCAAACAGUUCCUGGCCGGUGGAACCCUGCUACGACGGCUGGGAGUACAACACCAGCGUGGUGUCCUCGUCGAUAGUGAUUGAUUACAACCUGGUGUGCGAGUACGACAUCUAUCCCACAUUGGGACUCGUCGCGCUGAACACCGGAGGUCCGGUCGGAGUGUAUCUAUUUGGAUUGCUGAACGAUCGCGCCGGAAGAAGAACAUCCUAUUUCUCCUGUCUUGCCACCCUUCUGCUAGGCAGUUUCAUGACCGCAGCCAGCUCAAACUUUGCGAUGUGGGCCUUCAGCCGGGUGAUCGUGGGAUUGACCAUUCCGGCGGUGUACCAAAUUCCGUUCAUAAUCGCGCUGGAGCUCGUCGGUCCGAACUAUCGAUCGUUUGUGACCGUCAUGACGUGUACGUUCUACACCUGUGGACUGAUGAUGCUGGCCGGAGUGACCUACCUGAUUCGGGAUUGGGUCGAGCUGACGCUGUUCACGUCGGUCCCUUUCCUAUUUUACUUCGGGUACAUGUUCGUAAUGCCCGAAUCUCCUCGAUGGUUGCUCAUGAAGGGCAAGCUGGAAGAAGCCCUGCAGGUGCUGGAGAAGAUGGCCCGAGUAAACGGGAAGCAGUUUCCGGCGGCGUUCAAGAACAAACUGCAGGCACGGGUCGAUGCAGAAAAGAGAAGAACCGUCAAGAGGGAAGAAGUAUCCAUCGGGGCGUUUGACCUGUGCCGAACUCCGAACAUGAGACUGAAGACGAUCCUGAUUACGCUCAACUGGUUCGUCAACGAAACGGUUUACUUGGGGUUGAGCUACUACGGACCGUCACUGGGGGAGAAUCAGUAUCUGAGCUUCUUCCUGUCCUCGCUGGUGGAGAUUCCCAGCUACAUCGUGUGCUGGAUCAUCAUGGAUCGCUGGGGACGAAGGUGGCCAAUGUGUAUUAUGAUGAUUAUGGGUGGAUUAUGCUGCGUAACUACGGUGGUACUGCCAGAGGACGCCGUUUCGGAGACGCUGUUUCUGUACCUGCUGUCCAAAUCAAUGCUGUCGGCGUCGUUCCUGAUCAUCUAUCCGUUCGCUGGGGAGCUCUACCCGACGCAAGUGCGUGGUGUGGGUAUCGGAACUUCCAGCUACAUAGGCGGGCUGGGACUGAUUGUGAUUCCAUUCAUCACUUAUUUGGGCAAAGAAAACCUCGUCCUCCCGCUCGUCAUCAUGGGCUGCGUUUCGGUCGCCGGCGGCUUCACCGGCCUGCGGCUACCGGAAACGCUCCACCACCGGCUGCCGCAAACCCUCGAAGAGGGCGAACUGUUCGGCGCCGACUGGACCUUCGACGACUGCUUCCGGUGCGUCCCGUCGAAGAAAUCCCCCGCCGGCUCGUACGAAAACCUGUCGCACGAACUGUCGGACGCGGCGCUCGAGCUGAACGCCGGCAUGCCCGUUAGCCGGGCGUACGAACCGACCACCUCGACGGAGAAGACACCGCUGGAAAUCGCCCGGAUACGGCGGCAGUCGAUGAAGCGACUGGUGCGCCAGGCCAGCACCAUGGACACCCAGAAGACGGCGGACGGGGCCAUGCAGUUGACGUACUGGUUUUGAGGGUGAGGGGGUUUCGGGUGGGAAAUGAAACACAGUUUGAGCUUUUUUUUUGAACAUAUUUUAACAAUAAAGAAAUACGUAUAUGUAUAUUUCGGUUUUCUCUGAUUCUUCUAUAGUUGUAAUGUGCUUUGACAACAUUCACUUGUUUUAAAAUUAAAGUUUUUCUUGAUUUCGGAUUUCUUUUAACAUAUCUAGAGUUGCACUUUUCUUCUUCUCUUUUUUGUUGUUGUUAUUUUUUCACGGAUAGAGUUUCUUUUUAAUGUACCUUAAAUUCACACAUGGGAUUGUUUGUUUUUAUAUUUCUAUCGAGAGCAUCAACAGAUCGGCAUUUUCUAGCGAUUUAAGUACGAUUGGUUGGUUGGUUGGUGAUUAUUUCCUUGUAUUUGUUCUCAUUUACUACACAUAACAGAUUGUUUCUUCCUCCUGUUGAUCUUAUUAUUUGUUUCUUUUUUCUUGUUUGGGGGGUACACAGUAAACUAUUGUUUUAACUAAAACUUAUCCGUUACAUAAUAAUUUUCAACAUGUUUGUUCGGUUCUUUUGAGAAUUUAUUAUUUCAUCAGCGCAUCGAAGAAUCGGUUGCGACACUUCGAGUAGGCAUUUCUUAGGAUAUGUUUUUCUUAGAUGGUUUCUUCACGUACACUUACUUAUGUCUGGGGGAGUUUGUAAGGGAGGAGGAGGAAAAACCUAAAUAGCAGAGAGUUAAUAACUGACACUCGAGGAUCGCGAUGGUUGAACAACGGCAUACUGGAAAUCAACGUGGCUUUAAUCUUACUGUUUCUCAACUACUUUGUACUAACAAAUCAAAUUACUCUAUCUAAUAAGUUACUAUUCUGUGUUUUUGUUUUGUUGUUGUUGUCGGAUUCUCUUUAUUGUGUAUUGUAUAGAUUUAUGUCUCUCGCAUGUAAGAACAAAUAGGAGUACGGUUUAAUAUCUAUGUGUUUGUGUGAGUUCAGUGAGAGAGAAUCGAUCAAAAGGUCCGCGCCGUUGCAUGAGUUUUGCGCUCUCUCUCUUCCUCUCUUUCGCGCGGUGCGCUCGUGAGCGCAACCGCGACAGUGGGGAAAAGCGAUUCUGACGAAGAGACAGACCUUUAGAUUCGAUCGGAAACAGAAGUAUUUGUGUUUUAAAGCUAGUGCUCUCCCAAUACAUUUUGUGACAGACAGAGAACGGAAAAAAAGUGUGUAAAUUUUAGUCAAGUCUUGUUUCGAAUCUUCUCGGGACGGCGAUCGAUUGGUUGUUCCUUUUUUUUCAAUUUCGGGGUACGCGAACUCUUAAAUAGUCAAUUUAGUCGGUAUGUUUAGAGACACCGGUGUCUUGCGGUGAUGUCUUUUCUGUUCUGUGUUUAUAAACUCUAAAUAUAUUAUAUUAUAAUUUCUGAAGGAGCGUUGAAGAUUGGCAAGAAACACACUCUCUCAAACUCUCUUGCGGUCCUAAAGGUUAAGAUUUUUUUUUGUUUAAAUUUUAUGUUCGUUCGGUCAAUUGGCUCUUCUGUGAUACACAAAAAUAUAUAUUCGUUUUAGCAAGGUAAAAAUUUAGAAUAAGUUAAAAUGUCCAAUCGUUUCCAGAUUCAUCAGUGUAUAGUAAAUUUAGUUGAACUUAGUGUAUACGAAUUCGUUUGCUGUAAAUAUUCGAUUGUAAUUUUACUUGUUGAAAAUAAACCAAUAAUUAGUUCGUGAGA